AGGAAACUGAAAGAAGCGCGAACGAAGGGAACCGCAAUACUGAAGGCUGAAGCUUAACUGCUAAAGGUCGAAGGAAAUACAGAACCAAUGCUGAAUACAGAAGGGAGAAGACGGGAAGAAAGACCCGCUGGCCGCUGACGACCGCCGCUAGUCAGCGCCAGUCCUCCAGCCUGACACCACCGCACGUUUGCACCACGCAGCGACGCCCCUGCCUGACCGCCUCCGGCCUCCAGGACCACGACCACACCAGCCCGUCAGUCCACUGUCCACGCUAGGCUGCUACCCGACUCCUGCAGUAACCGAUGAUUCCGUACAAUCCAUGUGGUAGACCUCAGACAACCGUAGUGCCUCCUCGAACCAUCAAUGUACAAAAAUUUGCUGAAUCUCGAGGACCUGAACUUGAGACUCUUCACUGUAUUAUAAAGAACCGCCUACAAAAUGACUUCCGUUCUCAAAGAAGCAAGAGGAGGAGGACAACUGGGCAUGAUAAUCGAGCAACCAAAAACAAACACAAAAAGAAGCGGAAGGUAGAAAACAAAGAUGUGGACAGGACUCAAAGUUUGGGGAAUGAUAAGGUUGCUCCUCGCCGUGUUCGUAGGAGAAUUGAAUUUAGUAAGAACCUCAAUAGUGGGUUUUUGACUUCAGGAGAUGGGACUAAAAGAAUUAGAACACAUGUAUGGCAUGCAAAGCGUUUCACAAUGACCAAACUUUGGGGGUUUUACCUUCCCCUUAGCCUACAAGGCAGUGGAAGAGGCUCAAGGGCACUUUUGAAGAAACUUAAAGACAGCGCUCUUGUGCAUGACACAAGCUAUUGUACUGUUAUACAGCUGGAGGGCCUGGAGGAAAUGGUACAGUCAGUUUUAGCUAGCACAAUGGUGUCUUCAUCAUCAAAGAGUGAAUAUGCUUCUGAGUACAUACUCUCCGGUCUUAUUUGUUGUAAAGCCAUGCUUCAUCAUUUUGGGGCGCCCUUCUCUUCUCCCAUCGCUCCUAUUAUGUACAUGUGGCAACCUCAGAAGUCUUGCAGUAUAAAUGCUAAGGUUGCUGAAAGCACAUUCAAGAGUCUGAAUGGAGUUGAUGAAUUUGCUUCUUCUCGGCGACUAUGGAUUUUCAUACACGCUUCAGCUUUUGGAGAAGGGUUUGAGGCCUUGCAGCAUGCCUGCAAACAACAUAUGAGUUCCAACAAUUUGACUGUUAGUUGUAUCUCUCUUGAGGACCGGCUUACAAAAUUAGAAGUUAUUGGAUCGACGGCACUUCAAGUCCUUAAAAAGGCAUUACAUCCUGCUCACCAUGAAAGUCAAUUUGCAAAAGCACUUGAGGAAGAUCAAAUUCCGUAUUUUGGGAUUUCUUCCCUCACUGUUGUGGAUCCUCGCUGUUGUACUGAGGGUGGUGUUUCUAAUUCUUCAGAUAUAAAUGCUCUAGGAGAACCAGCUUAUAUGGAGCAUGGAAUUAAACAAAAUGCUGCUUUGGUUGAACAUUCUGAAAUGGAAUGUAAUUCACCUUCACGUCAAUGCUCAGAAUUUGAAGAAAGCUGUGAUUUAUCUGUGUGUAUGGAUUUGUGGCAAUUGUACAAAGAUGUAAGUCCUCCUAUAGAGGAAAGUGUUCUUUGCGCAGAGAGACACAACCGGCGUAUGAAAUUGUUUGGGCUUGGUGAUAGGAUUUCUGGGGCAUUAGAUGCUCCAAACAUUAUACAGCGCCCGAGAUCAUGUCCUAUUUUGCUCAUUAAGAAUUACAGCCAGAUGUCUUCUCCUAAAAGAUGGUCUAUUAUUCUUCCUCUAAGUUGGGUUAAGGUCAUAUGGAUUAGUCUCAUCUCCAAUGGUGCUCAUGCAAUGGGUCUUACAGAGAAGCAUUGGGUUGCUUGUGAAUCUGGCUUGCCAUGCUUCCCUUCUGACUUUCCUGAUUGCAAGUCAUAUUCAUGUUUUAUGGAAAUGGAAGAAAUUGCUGCUAAUGAAAAGGCAGGGAGAAUUCCUCCUCCCUUGAGGCCUUUCAGAGUUCCAAUUCAGUCCCCUUGGAAUAGUGUACAUCUUUCUAUUGAAAAAAACUCAUCCUCCAUGGAAAGAAAUUUUGAACUACAACGUGAAGAGCUAUGCAUGGAAGACAUUGAAAAAAAGAGCUUAACUGAUUUCACUGGCUAUAGAGGAGAUUGUUGCACUGCUAUUCCAUUUACGGGGUUUGUAGCGAGGACAUCCCACAUUUUUAGCCAGUUUUUGAAUCAAAUCAAUGGAAGCCAUUUGCUUUUGUUUCCAAAACUUGUCAAUGCAGAGAAGUGCAUAUCUAAAGUUAUUAAAGAAAAUAGAGAGAACCCCAACGGGGUUAUCUUUCGUGUAAAUUAUGGACCAAAAUUGUGUUUCAUAAGGGUGUUGUUGCAUGCCUACAACAAAGGAGUUUUUGAAGGAGGAGCAGUGGUUUGUGCCCCUCAAGUUGAUGAAUUGUUGUUGUUGACUCAGAGAUCAGAAAAUUCUGAAGGACAACUUCAAAUAACCGAGUCUUCAGUACGGUCAUACUUUGUGCAGCAAGCAGAUGGGAAAUGGGAAUGUCAGCUACCCACUGAUCCUGAAUCCACAGCGUCUCAUAGACUGCCGAUUGGUUUUGUUACAACAGGAUUCAUACCAGGAAGCAAGAAGCCUGUUGCAGUGGCUCUUUGUGAGGCAAUCAAUCUUGCAUGUCUCAGAGAGGAUCAGUGGAGGGUCACAUCUCUUAAGCGAAGAAAGGAAAUCUAUGUAUUGGUUAGGAAUUUGAGGUCCACUACAUAUAGACUUGCAUUGGCUAAUAUAAUCCUGGAGCAAAGGGAAGACGAUGAUCUCGAUUACAUGUAAUUGUGUUUCUUGGGGUUAAUUUUUUUGGAUGUUAUUCAUUACAAAUACUCAACUACCCUUUCGUUUUCUACUUACGUUUUCUACUUUUAUCUUCUCUUUCAUAAUUUAUCACCACAACUAUUACUUUUUUUACACUAUUCAUUACCCCUACCAUUUAUCUUAAACAACGAUUAACGACUCCAAACCAAUUGUAGUGGACUUUUAGAUGCGGAGGGAGUA